AUGGAAAUCGGUACUCAUUGGAUCGAGCAAAUGCAAACAACCAUCGAGACGAUGCGUCGACGAUGUAUUGCUUAUUAUGAUCAAGGUGGAAGAGUGUUUUCUCGGAUUGCAACGGCUGUUAAUCGUGGACGUGAAAUUGCUGAACCGGCCUUCAAGGAUGCACAAGAUUAUGCUGCAGCAGCAAUGGCAAUCACUGAUGGGGUGGAUAAGUUGAACACCGACACGAAGAAUACGCUCGUCGAGUUGUACUUGGGCAUUGCGGUGCUGUUGGUUGGUGCCGGGUGUGGAGAGCUGGCCGGAGCUACCUCUUUGGCGCCAAUUCUUGAUUCAAUUUUCCAUCCAACUAUCGAAACAUUGCUGCUCAUAGUGGUCCCUAUUCACGCUUACAUCGUGACCAAGAAAACGCCUGCUAUAGAUGAUAUUGAGCGACGUGUGCUACUCUUUAAAGCCUGCGCCAUCAUGGGGAUUUUGACUGGACAUUUGAGCUCAAAAGUGCUCUCACUGGUGCCCGCCAUUCUCUUUCUUCAGCCACUUUUCUUGGGACUCAUCCUUGACAACGCACUCAUCAAGACGCCAUUCGUCUCUGAUCGAUAUUCCUAUUUGGGUGCUGUUGGAGUAUUCUCACUGUCGAUCUCCGUUUUAUGUGCUUUUCUUCCACUCGGUCGUAUCUCACUCGCCGUUGGCGCUUUUGCCGCACUUCACGCACUUUUUGGUGCCGUUCAUUUUCAGAUGACUACUGCUUGUCUUCAUGACAAAUUAUUCUCGGUGGCAGAAGCUUCACUGGCCUACAUUUUGCCGCUUUUCUUUACCCAGAUUGUGUGGGCAAAUCUGUUCGGUGUCUCUUCAAGG